AUGGACAACAAGAGUGGUGAAGGUGCAGACAAUGGUAAGGGCCGAACCAUGGAGGCGUCCAAGGAGACGAAAUUUGUUCCUCCUGCGUUUGUAUUUGGCAUACUUUCAGGGACAGCAGGCGCCUUGAGCCGAGGCGAGGCGGCGUGGCACUCAGCUACUUCUGAAACGGGCACCCGCCCUGUGGCGGGUGGCGAUGGCAUCAGUGGCGUUUCGCUUUAUCUCACGAAUGCCCGUCACGGAAGUUACGGCACUACAGCGACUGAGGGACAGAGGCGCAUACAGGAAGCGGGUGCACUUGUCUUUGGCUCUCGCAAAGAGCUCAGGGCGGUAGGUGCGCCCAGUAACGGGCCAGCACCAGGGACCUCCGUCAGGAGCGAUAACAAUUUUGCACGCGGCGGUGAGGCGUGA